GUAAGCUAUUAAAGAAAGGGAAAUGUGAUCUGAUACAUCUGACGACAAACGUAACUGGAUACAGCUUCAAAGCCAUGGUCGUCUUUGAUGAAAACUCAGCGAGCGACAUAUGCGACCAGUUCAUAACUGCCAUGGCUAACGAAUGGGCAAAGUUUCUUGCAAGUCUGAAAGUAUGUCAGUACGCCAUGGUUUUCCAGCAACUGAGUUCAAAUGUGAAGACGAAUGGACAAGCACUAAGCUUGGUUUUACAGUUUAAAGUCCGGUCGAAUACUUCGAGAAAACAUUUCGAGGAAUAUCUUUACGGCGCGUUUACCGACCACUGGAACAUCACUUUCAACGAAACGCAGUACCGAUUCUCGCUGUCGGAUUUCGCUCGUCACCAGUAUGACAUAGACUAUACAAAGACCUUCAUAUCCUACCCCAGUAACGGUUCGUGUUGCCACACUAUCCCUGGCAUUGCGAAUUUGCCGAAUUCCUCCAUGGACUCCGGAUUUCUUAUCGACAUCACUCAAGUGUAUUUCUGUGCAUCAGUUAAACUCAACUCUUCAGAUUUCAACUGGACAGACGAUGGCUCUGUGGUAUUACAUUAUGCCAACGUAAAGCUGUCCACUGGGAAGUUCUACUAUUAUCAAAAACAUGAAAUAUUUGUCUGUAUAGAACAGCUUCAAAAUAUCUACAGAACACUGCUUGAACCGAGUGACUUUGACAUCGCGAAGAAAUACAUUUCGCUCAUUUGUACCUUACUGUCGAUGGCAUGCCUGAUGUUGACCUUUUUUACCUUCUGCACGUUUCCUUCUUUGAGGACAAACGCGUCAAUAAAUACCGUACAUCUAGUGAUAUUUCUCUUCUUAGCCCAAGGAUUUCUACAGUUCGGCCUGCCAGCUAGCGACAAUGACGUGCUCUGUAAGGUAAUAGGUAUUUUAAUCCAUUAUUUCUGGCUGUCUGCUCUCUUAUGGAUGAACGUCUGUUCUUACCAGAUGUUUAGCGUGUUUGUCCUGGACGCGUCCAAGCCUAUUAACAUAAUAACUAACAGAGGUCGGCUAACCAAGUACAGAAUUUACGCAAAUGGAACAUCGGCGAUGAUCGUUGCUGCCAACGUGGCUUUCAGUCUUCUGGACUCUGAAGGCGCAGAGAUAGGAUAUGGAAUCGGUCGAUGUUACCUCUCGUCGUAUCUUCGUAUCGCCAUAGCGUUCGUACUGCCUUUAGCUUUGGUAGUCACGUCAAACAUUGUCUUUUUCGUGCUCAGUGUCUGCACUAUUUCUAAAAUCAGCAGGCUUGGAGAAAGCCUAAAUAAUGGGAGGGAAAACAUAGUCAUUUACGGAAAGCUGUCUGUGUUUACCGGUAUGUUCUGGAUCUUUGCCCUGAUUUCUGAGGUCUCGAACGAAGGAAGAAAUAUUCUUUCUCUCUUGUCCAUCCUUCUCAAUGCAACGCAGGGCGUUUUCAUUUUUCUAUCGUACACUGCCAACCGACGAGUGUUUGAAUUGUGGAAAUGGAAGCUGACAGUCCGUUUGCCAGUCCGCAACCAAUCAAGAAGCACCCUGAAUAGCACAUUAUAAUCCGAAGGAAAACGAAAUGAUCAACUGUUAAAGUUAAACAGUUUCCUUCUAAGUUGUUCUUGUUUGUACAAGGUAUAGUAUAAUAUAGCUCGAGUGUCCAAGUGUAGACCACAGCUGGAGAACAAAAUCUAUGUAAUAACAGCGGAAUUGUGGACAACCAAAUGGUCGUGAGCUACUCUAUCAAAAAUACAUAUUUCUUCCUAAAUCUGAUUAUUCUUGAGUCGAACCAUACUAUUAAAUUUACAUGUUGUUAACCAGUACCAACGCUACACGAAGAAACCCAAUGCGGUUUGGUAGUAAUGCUAAUAUGAAUACAUGUUGUGAUCCACAUUCGGGCAUUUUUGUUUCAUUCAGGCAAAAGCCAGUCUGCCCCCUACA